CGCGGCUGAGACGGUCACGUCGGCUACGUAAUCGUGACGCUAUCGUGAUUCCCGAGCCACGGGACUUUCCGAGCCCCGUGAGCCGCACUCACGAGUCUUGGCACCACUCUGCAGCCGCGUGCUAUGUUUGCGACGCGCACGCGGACAGCGCCUUCGCCGGAACUGUCCGUCUCGGCGGCUGUCGGCGGGAUGUCCGGCGUUCCACGGAGACUGGCGGCCGGCAGGAAGACGCGGGACUGAUAGUGGUUAGGAGGCGGCUCGGCAAGGAAGAUCGAGUCAUUUGAGAGGAGAGGUCCGUCGGCGUGACAGUGCGAGCGCCAACUGCCGGCUCCUGCGCCUGAAAAGUGGUCAGCUUGAAGGAGCUCACGUCCGAUACACAAGGAACGGAAGGAGGUGGUUGAAAAGUCGUCGAGACAGGUGGGUUGCUCUCGACUUGCAGUCGUUGUGAAGAACGCGCGGAAGAAGAUCUUCAAACCGGAGGAUACUCAAAAGUCGAAUUGCUCGGACCAGUCGUCUGACAACGACGCCAGCGCAGCCUAAGUCGCUGACCCGCCCGGACCUUCCCCAUCAGCAGCAGCAGCGCGAGAACCAUGGCCAGCACCGACCCAGCCUUCGCCUGCGUCAUCCCGAACACGCCGGCCUUCGUUGUGUGGCGCGUGGAGCGUCUGAAGCUGCGCGAGGUGCCUGCCGGGGAGCACGGCCUGUUCCACCGCGGCGACUCGUACCUGGUGUACUCGGCCGCCGAGCAGUUGGUCGCAGGUGCGAGGUCACGCGGCGCGCUGGCGCUCCACAUCCACUUCUGGCUCGGGUCGCAGACCUCUCCGGACGAGAUGGGCGUGGCGUCGGCGAUGGCGGUGCAGUUGGACCAGCUGCUUGGCGGGCGCCCGGUGCUGCACAGGGAGAGGGAGCGGUACGAGAGCACCCGGUUCCGGUCGUACUUCCGUGGCGGGAUCCGGUACCUCGAAGGCGGCACCGGCAGCGGCCUGCGCCACGUGGAGGAUAGCUUCACGCCGCGCAUGUUCCACGUCAAGGGGAAGCGGAGGGCGGUCAUCAGCCAGACGCCGGAGGUAUCCUGGAAGCACGUCAACGACGGUGACGUGUUCGUGAUCGACGCAGAGCGCUUCGUCUUCGUCUGGUGCGGCCGCACGGCCAACGGGCUGGAGAAGAUCCAGGCGGCGUACCUGGCGCAGUCGCUGGCGCGGCGCGGGCGCGCUCGUCGCGUCGUGAUCGUCGCCAGCGGCGAGGAGCGAUCCCUGACGGGCGACGAGCGCGUGGCGCUCGACGCGCUCCUGCCUCUGACGGAGAGGGUGAUCCGCGAGACCGAUGAGGCGCUCCUGGGCAGCGCGCCGCAGCGACGCCCUGCGGAGGAGGUCUCUCUCUGGCUCUGCACGGAGGACGGCGGUCAGGUCAGCCUGCAGCUGGAGAAGACCGGCGGGCUGGUGCAGGGCGACCUCUCGCCCGAUCACGUCUACGUCGUCGACGCCGGCAGCGUCGUCUGGCUCUGGGUGAGCCGGCGCGCCGUCAAGGAGCAGCGAGCGGAGGACCUGCGCCCCGCCGAGGCCUACCUCGCGCAGACGGACCGGUCGGCCGACGUUCCCCUCUGCCGCGUCGUCGACGGCUCCGAGCCGGCCGAGUUCAGGAGCCUGUUCGCCGCGUGGGUCGACGACGACGACCUGGUGUCGCCGGGCCGUGCCAUUAAGCCGGUGCUCACCAAGUUUGACGCGGCCAUGCUGCACAACAACACUGCGCUGGCCGCGCGGACGCAGAUGGUUGACGACGGCUCGGGCUACAAGGACGUCUGGCGAGUGGAGGGGAGCGAGCUGGCGCCACUGCCGGUGCGGGACCACGGCACCUUCCUCUCCAGCGACUGCUACGUCGUGCAGUACUGCUACCGCGUGGCCGGCCGGGAGCGCUACAUCGUCUACUACUGGCUGGGGACGGCGAGCGACGAGGAGGCGCGCGCUGUAGCGUCCCAGAAGGCUGCUGAGCUGGACGGCAAGGUGGGUGGCAGGGCCGUGCUGGUGCGCAUCGUCCAGAGCAGGGAGCCGCCCCACUUCGUCGCCAUGUUCGGCGGCGUCAUCGUCGUUCGCGAUGGCGGCGCUGCCGCUGCCGCUGGCGACGCGGAAGCCUAUGGCGAAGCGAGGAGCGCGACCGAAGCGGACGACCGGGCUCUCGGAGACGCAUACCUGCUGCAGAUCGCCAGCGUCGGCCCCCACGGCGCGAGGGCGUGCGAAGUGCCGCGCUGCGCGGCGUCGCUUCACUCCAACGACGCCUUCGUCCUGUCCACGUCCGCCUGCGUGUUCGCGUGGUGCGGACGCGGCUCCGGCGAGCAGGAGCGCGAGGCGGCGCGCGCCGUCGCCCAUCAGCUCGACCCUCACCCCGUCGUCGUCGACGAGGCCGAAGAGCCGGCGCCGUUCUGGGAGGCGCUGGGUGGGCGCGGCGAGUACAGCCACGAGCCGCGCGCCGCGAGCCGACCGCGGAUGCCGCCGCGUCUCUUCCACUGCUCGAGCCCGCUGGGCCGCUUCCGCGUCGAGGAGGUGGUCGACUUCGACCAGGCCGACCUCGGCGAGGAUGACGUCAUGCUGCUGGACACGUGGGAUGCCGUGUUCGUGUGGCUCAGCGUGCGCGCCAACCGCGCCGAGCGCCGCCGCAGCGAGACGGUGGCGCUGGAGUACCUCCGGUCCGACCCGGCCGGCCGUGGCACGGACACGCCCGUGUACCGGGUGCACCAGCAGGCCGAGCCGCCCAUCUUCACCGGCUGCUUCGCCGAAUGGGACGCCGACUUCUGGGCUGCGCAGCCGACCUGGCCGGCCGUGCAGCAGGAGGUGGCCGCCGCGCCGCUUCCGCCGCCGCCGACGGGAGAGGACGCCGGCGAGGGCUUGCCGGUGUUCCCGCUAGAGGCGCUGCGCGCGCGCCGGCCGCCCGAGGGUGUUAAUCCGGCGCGACGCGAGGACUAUUUGUCGCCGGAAGACUUCAAGGACGCGUUCGGCAUGACGCGGGAGGAGUUCCAACGUCUGCCGGCGUGGAAGAAGGCGCAGAAGAAGCGAGAGGCCUCCUUGUUUUAGGUCUAGCGGCACUCCUGGCUAAGUCUGCAACAUGGCAACAUGGCAGCAUGGCAUCCUGGCAACAACGAAGCGCGGCUCCAUCACGGUUCCAACGUAGCAGCAGCAUGCUUUGUUUUCGUUUGGAGGUAAUUGGGGGGGGGGGGGGGGGCUGGUAGAUAUGACGGCGUUACAGUCUCUGUGGAACGCACAAUGUUUUCUUGUUGAAGUCAGUGGAAUUUGAUGAGGGACACAAAAGGGGUGCGUGAUGGGCGGUGCGGAUGCACGAUAUAACCAGGUCCCCCCCCCUCCCCCUCGUAAGAUUGACGAGAUAGCACGUGGGUAGCAGCAUACUCCGCUGUUGAAAAGCACGCAGUUCAGAAAUGUUUUGUAUAGGUGUUCCAAAUACCUUACAAUGCACUGCGUGCUCGUAAUCUUGCCUCGCCAACGCCUAUCACGCUACAUUGUCCGCCAGCAUGUGCCGAAAGUGAAAUGCGAUAUAAUUGUAUGCCGUUUAAAGUUGGAUGAAUGCAACGAGUGCAUCUGGUGUUAAUUGCUUUUGGUCAUUUUUUGACAUCAGCAGGCUAAAUAUAUAUGACCGCCUUGGAA